UGUUUUGGUCGCUUAAUAAAGUUUCAUGUCCACAAACCUCGUUGAAAGAAAAUGUAGCAGUAUGGAGAGAAAAUUAGUGGUUUUAGGUAUUGUAUGUACUAGCUGUAUCUAUAAAUCCAUCAUUAUGUUUGUAAAUCAUUUAUGUAUGUACUUUUCCUAAAUAAAAAAAAUGAAUUUGAAUUUUAUAGGCCCUUUUUCCCUUGCAGAUGCGAGCUUAGAGCCGUGGAGCCGGAGGGUUGAGAGAGAGAACGGCGGCCGCGGCGGACGAUCAAUGGGUAACUGCGCUAGUUGGCUGUCUCUGGCUCUCCUCUUGCUCGCUUGUGGGGCGGGAUGCUGCCUGCAGAUCACGGGGAUGAAGGUGCCACGGAUGGUGGUGACGGGUGAGAGCAUCCAACUCUCCUGCUCCUUCAGGCUAGACGGUGCUCAACUCUACACACUCACCUGGUGGAAGGAUAGUCAGAUCUUCUACAAGUUCAACCCCAAGAGGAGUCCGCCUUCUGUGGUCUUUCCCCUGCCUGGCAUCACUGUUGAUGACAGGGUGUCGAGUCUGUACCAGGUGACACUGUCACACGUCGACCACAGAGCCUCGGGGACGCUGAGGUGUGAGGUGCUGAGCGACUCUCCAAGCUUCGAGCAGGACACCAUGGACGCGAACAUCACCGUCAUAGCUAAGCCGGUCCGGGGUCCCAGCAUCACAGGGCUGCGGGGAUCCUACACUGCUGGACGUCUCCUCCUCCUUAACUGCACCUGUCCCUUUUCCUACCCUCCAACCUCUCUCACCUGGCACAUCAACGGUCACCAGGCGUCGAGAGAGACGGUGGUGGUGUACCCUGGGGUCCCUGACGGCCAGGGGCGCGAGGCCUCCUGGUCUGGUCUCCACAUGUGGCUACGGCGUGAGCACUUCCAGCAGGGCGGCGUCCUGGUCCUCCGGUGCACAGCUUCCAUCCUCACUGUGUACAGGAAGUCCUCCGAGGUCACCGUCACGGACUCCAGCUACGUGGGUAGUCCUCCGCCUGAGGGCGCCUCCACGGCAGGUGAAGGGUGGUGUGUGGGGCCCGCGGUGCCUUUGUUGAUGCUGCUCCAGUUUAGUCACGCUGUCACCUGAGGGCGCCUUCUGCCACCUCUCCUGAGGGCGUCUUCUGCCAUCUCUAUGACUCACCUGAGAGCGCCUCCUCCCACCUGUGACUCACCUGAGGGCGCCUCGUGCCACCUCUGUGAGUCGGUCUGCAGCAAGUGUUGUAUAUAUAAUGACGCCCACAGGAUGACUUUUAUCUUGGUGGUGAGAGUGAAGUCAAGUUUCGUACCACAAAGUGGUUCUCUUUGUGAGCCCCUUGUGAGCCUAAGUGUGGUUGUGAGUGUGUAAGGCCCUCACAAGACCUUACUAACCAGCCACAAAGAAUACCUUAGAAUAAUACGGGGCCAUACGCAAAGAAAUUGGGUAUACACUUUUCGGUCAAUAUAUCUCUCUCAUUUGGACCUAUAACUAAAAAAAAAUGAUACAACAAAUGUGUAAAAUGUAUGAACUUGAAGCAAAAAUAUCCACCUGUCUGAAUUAUAUAUGUAACAUACAAUGAUAUAUGCACCUGCCCCUAAUUAUUGGAUUAUAAUUAUUAUAAUUAUAUUUUAUACAAAUGUUUCCAUUGAUCAUCAAAAUUACCUUAAUUCAGAACAUGCACUCAAGGGAUGCCACAAUUAAGAAGAUAUCAAAUUUGAAAUUAUAGUGAAUGUACCCAAUAACCUCCACUCUCCAUGACCUAUACCAUAAAACCCGGUUAUAUAAACUUUAUAUAUAU